AUCAAAUUGCCACACGUAUCAAAUUACCACACGAGGAAGUUUACAAAGUAGCUGACCGUAGGGUCCAAAUUCCCGACUCGACCCGAAAACUGAAGCCCAUCGUCCCUUCUGCCCCUGUUCCCAAUUCAGGUUGCAGGUUUUUUUCUUGUGCCGAAGCUUGUGGUGUGGAUUUUAUUGUUCAUUGAUUUCUGAGGAGAGACUCAUGUCGGCAUCAAAUGAGGAUAACAUCUUUCAACCACAAUUGUCAGCUCAUGUUUUUGAUGAGCUUCUUGAUUCCAUCAUUACUGAUGUUGCAUCUGAGUGUCACCGCGUAGCAAAACUAGGCCUUGAUCGUAAUUUAGAAGAAGAGGAGGAAGAACUUCGGUUGUCUGCACAAGCCCGGGCAACAGUAGCUGAUCCUAGCAACAGUAGUGAAACAAAUGGCAAAUACGUCGUAGAUAUAUUUGGCCGAACCCAUCCUCCUGUUGCAACUGAAAUAUUUGAAUGUAUGAAUUGUGGCCGAUCUAUCAUGGCUGGGCGAUUUGCUCCUCACUUGGAGAAAUGCAUGGGAAAGGGGAGGAAGGCCCGUCUUAAGGCAACAAGAAGUAGCACUGCUCAGAACCGAUAUACGCGAGGCAGUUCUGCUUCAACCUACUCCCCUUAUUCAACUCCCACCAGCACGAGUCGAUUACCAAAUGGAAGUUCGGGUGUUUCAGGCCAUGAAUACUCAAAUGGCUCCUUAGAAGACUUGUGAUAUGGCCUUGGAUGGAUGCAGUGGUGGAGACUGAUUCAUCUUCAGUUGAAGGAUUGAAUUGAGAAGAAAACUCAAGACUACCCACUGUCGUUGCGUCCUUUCGUGCCAAUAGAGGUGCUGGUGGAAGUAGCUGUACUGGUUCGUCAUACAAAGCAGGUGUCUCUCAUAGUAUGGUUAGAUAACUGUAUGAAAACAUGGGUUUCCCAUACAAAUGGUUUAUAGUACACAUUGACUCUCACAAGAGAGAUGAAUAGCAUUAGUUUAGUAGAGAGAUGAAUAGCAUUGUAAAAGGAGACCUCACUGUCCGUCUUAUCUCAGUAUUCUAGUCCAAAGUUAAUGCCUUCAUUA